AUUGGCCUAUAAGUUGUAUUUUGUGUCAACUCUAUUAGAAAAGCCAGAGUUAGUGAAUGGUUAUGCCUAGACUGCAUUAGAACUAGAUCUAGUGCUUAGUAAAUUUAUAACACUUUUUGUUUACAGAUUUUGUACUGAAAAGCAAACAACCAUAAAAAUGGGAAGAAGGUCUAUAAACACUACCAAGAGUGGGAAGUAUAUGAAUCCCACAGACCAAUUUCGUAAAGAGGCAAGAAAAAGGGAGUUAAAAAAGAACAAGAAGCAGCGAAUUAUGGUAAGGACUGCUGUUCUUAAAGGCAAAGAUCCAAUGAAACUCCUUGAAGAGAUGGAACUGAUUGACAGAAUGGAAUAUAAUCCAAUGCAGCCUCCAUCAUUAAAUGAGAAAGUCCUCAGGGAAAAAAGGAAGAAACUAAGAGAGACCUUUGACAGAGUUUUCAAGUUAUAUGAAAAAGAGAGACCAGAAUAUGCGAUAGAACUCAAAAAGGCAAAUGCUGAGUAUGAGAAGACAAGGUCACAGCUUCAACUCUUUUAUGAUCAGGUUCGUAAUGCUGAAAGAGUUCAAUUAGACCAGAUCCCAUUACCUGAUGCUCCAGUAGAUCCAGCAAUUCCAGGUGCAAUCCCUCUCCCAGCAGAUUUGCCACUACACAUGCCAUUGCCAGGUGUACCUCUAUCACUGGCCCACAUCCAGCCCCAAUCUAUAUUGAAGAAAACUUCUGCUUAUGGUUCAUCAGGUGGAAUAGGACCGCAAAUACCUAUUCAUAUGCGGAGUCAGAAGAAAAGGCCCCCUGGACCCCCACCUGGGCCACCCCCUGCACUUAGUGAAAGCGAAGAAGAGAUGGAUGAAUAUGAUCCAGAGAGAGCCAAAUUGAGACGCAUUCGCUUUGCUGAUGAUGAUGACGAUGAGGACAGUGACAGGCGCUAUGACAAUGAAAAGGAUACAAGACUGAAGAUAAAGAAAGAUGACAAAAGAGACAGAAAAAAAAGAAAACGAGAAAGUGAUAAAACAGAAGUAGGGAAGAAGAAAGUCUCCGCCUUACAGGCCAUGAUGUUGAAGAUGGCAGGGCAAGACACACCAGACUUUGACACAGAUUCAGGAUCUUCGUCUUACUCAUCAUCAUCCUCAUCUGAAGAUGAGGAUGAUGUUAGGAAAAAAGAUAGGGUCCUGGACAAAAAGGACGAGGAUGAAAAAAUCCGAUCGAAAGACAGAGAAAUAGCCAGAAAACGUGAAGAGAUCUCUCUCCUGGACGACAGACCGCCUGGUCUUGAAGACCCUGUUGACAGGCUGACAGAUGAAGACGCUGCUGCAAUAACAGCAGCACGGCUGAUUGAAGAGGCUGAGCUGGAGGCAGAGACCAGACAUCUGACCCCUAGGAUGAACCCACCUGGACCCCCUCCUGGUUUACCCCCUAACUUAAUGGGGAUAGCUGGUAUAGCACCAGGUUUACCUCCAGGAGCACCCCCAAUGUUUAUGAGACCACCACCUCUCAGGGGAGGCCCGCCAAGGUUGAUGCCCCCUGGGCCACCACCUGGACGACCCAUGGGCAUUCCACCGGGCCCCCCACCUGGUCUUCCACCAAACCUGAGACCCAUUCCAAUGCGCAUCCCAACUCCAAUGGGUGUCCCUCCACCUCGCAUGAUCCGCCCACCAGGUAUCCUGCCCCCAUCAAUACCCCCUCCCAUUGGAGGCAUGACACCUGGUAUGAUCAACCCCAGCAUCUUGAGUGCCCCGCCCAGUAUUCUCAGGCCCAGAGAUGAGACCGGUCAGUCUAGAGUGACCAUCCAGGCCAAGCCCCAGAUCAAGAGCAAGAUGGGUGAUAUCACCAGGUUUAUGCCCACAGCCCUUAAAGUUAAAAGAGAAAUUCGUGAUCAGAAGGGUCGUAUUAGAGCUUUUGCUAAAGAGGAAGAGCAGAGAAUCAUAGGAGCUCAAGUCAAGCCUCAGCCAGCUCCCCAAGCACAGACCAAGACAAAAGACGACGCAUACGAUCAGUUUAUGAAAGAAAUGGAAGGAUUAAUUUAAAUGCAUUAAGACGACGCAUACGAUCAGUUUAUGAAAGAAAUGGAAGGAUUAAUUUAAAUGCAUUAAGACGACGCAUACGAUCAGUUUAUGAAAGAAAUGGAAGGAUUAAUUUAAAUGCAUUAAGACGACGCAUACGAUCAGUUUAUGAAAGAAAUGGAAGGAUUAAUUUAAAUGCAUUAAGACGACGCAUACGAUCAGUUUAUGAAAGAAAUGGAAGGAUUAAUUUAAAUGCAUUAAGACGACGCAUACGAUCAGUUUAUGAAAGAAAUGGAAGGAUUAAUUUAAAUGCAUUAAGACGACGCAUACGAUCAGUUUAUGAAAGAAAUGGAAGGAUUAAUUUAAAUGCAUUAAGACGACGCAUACGAUCAGUUUAUGAAAGAAAUGGAAGGAUUAAUUUAAAUGCAUUAAGACGACGCAUACGAUCAGUUUAUGAAAGAAAUGGAAGGAUUAAUUUAAAUGCAUUAAGACGACGCAUACGAUCAGUUUAUGAAAGAAAUGGAAGGAUUAAUUUAAAUGCAUUUUAUAUUUGUUUAACAGAGAAAUAGAAGGACUGGUUCAAGUUUUACACAUAUAUUUAGUUUACUAGGUAAAUGGAUGAAUGAAUCUGAAAGUUUUUUUGGAUGAAUAGUUUUUGACAGAAUGAAUGGGGUAACCACAAGGGGAAAUUAAAUGCAUCCAUAAAAGUGAUAGUUUUUGUGGAUGUGGAUAGCUAGCUUCUGAUGUCAACAUCGGCCUCAAACAAGUGGUACUAGUGUCUAAGUUCCUGCAGGAUUUUAUCAUUGUUCACAGUUCCAACUUUCCAGUUCGGUUCAAGCUGUUUUUUUGUUCUAUUGGUGCUGUUAACUGCGAGACUUCUCUUUGUCAUUGAGUUCUUAAAGUGGGCAGUGUAGUUUUAUCUUGUGUACAGAAAUAUUAAGUUGAUAUCUUUGUACGUGUAUUAUCUUGUCUAUUGUAAUAAAUCAUUUUUGAUGCUUGCAA